AUGAGGGAUCUUUCACAAAAUUGUUAUACCUGGUUAACAUCUAUUGAACAUCAUAAACGUCAAUCUUUUUUCAAAGCUUUACUCAACAAACUCAAUCCAUUACAAGCACAACUAAAAAAAUAUGUUGCAAUUAAGACCUUCAAUGAAUAUGAUGAACAAUUAUCAACAUUAAAAUUACUUUGUAAUACUGAUUUCAAUCAGAAACCAUUGGAUUUCGCUGAAAAAUUCGGUGGAGAUGCGUCUAAAUCUGAAGAUUUUUAUCUCGAUAAUUACGAAGAAUUAUUAGUUAAAGCAACUGAAUUGAUUAAAUUGUCAUCAGAUGAACGGUCAAAAGAAUGUAAAGAUGUGAUUAUUCUCGAAUUACCUAUGAAAGUAUUAAAAGGUGUGGAGUUAUGGGAUAUACCGGGUUUUGAUGAAAAUGAAACUAUUAAUAAUCGAAUAAAAGAGAUUCUUGAAGAUACUGAUUUAAUAUUUGUUUUGAUACCUCACCAAGAAAGUGUGAGAAUGGCAUUUCAAAAUUUCAUUCAACCACGAUUAGAAAAACAAGAAAAUGAUAAUACUAAUUUUGAACUUAAUGCAAACAAUAGAACAUCAAUUGUGUGCUUUAUCGUUACUCAAAUCGAUACUUUUAAGCCUAAUAUUCAAACAAAUAGAUCACGUGAUGAUGUAUUAACUAACCUUUUUAUCACCUUGGGAAAAUAUCCAAAUAUUAAAUUCAAUGGAAAUGAUAUGAAAUCCUGUAACAAUUUUAUACCAAUGUGCACACAUCGCCAAUUUGGUAUCAAAACAUUUUUAGAAUGUCGUCAAAUGUUUAUUGAAAAGUCCAGUCGGUGGUUUCAAAAUGCUAUUGAACGCUUAGCACAUUUUCGCUUACGUUAUUUAUUAAAUGUAAUGCAACAAAUCAUUCAGUACAGUGAUAUUAAAUUAAAAUCUCAACAAUGUAAAGAAUUGCAACAUGCUUUUCUCAUUUGA